AUGGCUUCCAUCUAUCAACUCAAUCAACCGUCUAAUCCCUUCUGGGAUCUUUUCAACGGAAACCUAGAGAAUCAUCCUUUCUUUGCUCCUGGAGGCCACCAUGGAAGACGUGGACAUCACGGCCACCGUCAUGGAUGGGGAAACCCCCAACAGAGCGAGGAUUUUCCACGAGGCACUGAAGGUCCCAACGCAGAGUCCAACGGAGAGAUGAAGAACGACAACUCAACAUCCGACCCCGACUCUCCAGAUAACCAGCACCGCCGUUGUGGCCACUGUGGUAAGGGCAAGGGUGAAGGCCGUGGAGGUCCCGGUCAUGGUCCAUUUGGUGGAAGAGGAGGCAGAGCAAAGCAUGGACACGGCCACCACCACGGUCCUGAUCCCUUCGACUACAUGAACGAAAUUAGCCCAAAAGACGUCGAAACAUCUCAAGAAAAGGGUGAAGCUAAAGAUCCCGACAUUGAGACCACGGAGAUCCCAGUAUGCGAGAACGACGGCAGAAAAUGCAAGAACAAGGGCCACGGAGGCCCAGGUCCUUUCCGAGGAAAGGGCGGCAAAUGCAAGUACGGCCAUGGCCCUCACGCCGGUCCAUACGGCCACGGCCAUGGUCCCCGCAGCGGACCAUGGGGCCACCACAACCACCCCCACGAGCACGCAGGAAUGUUCGGCCGCCGCGGACGAGGUCCUCACCAUAGAGGCGGACACGGCAGACACGGCGGGCCCCCAAUCGGCCAGGGCUUCCCCUUCAACUUCCUCCGCAACCUCGGAAUCCCAAUGGACGAGCCCGCCCCCGAAGGAGUGGAUUUCACACCUACCAUCGAUGUGUUCGACACGCCGGCCAAGUACAUGGUGCACGUCUCACUCCCCGGUGCGAAGAAGAGUGAUCUGAGCAUCGACUAUGACGCCGAGGAAUCAGUCCUGCGGUUGGCGGGUGUUGUUCACCGUCCUGGUAUUGACGAGGAUAUGUAUCAGGGACUCGUGAUGGAAGAGCGUGGGCGGGAAGUUGGUGUCUUUGAGCGUGAGGUCCGGUUCGGGACCAGGGCUGCGCCAGCUUUUGUUGUUGUUGAGGAGAUUUCGGCGAAGUUGGAGGAUGGUGUUCUUAAUGUUGUUUUGCCCAAGGUUGUUCCUGAGCCGGAGGUUCAGAAGAAGAAGGUAGUUCUUGAGGUUGAUGAAAACCUUGAGGGGGAGAAGGGUGAUGUGGUUGAUGAGAAGGUCCGUGAAAAUUUCACACCCGAUGAGUCGGAAGUCAGUGACCUUGAGGAUGGUGAGGCGAGGGAUUAUGUGAAGGUUCCAGUGCUGUGA